AUGGACGAAUUCCAAUUAUGUGAAGACCAAAAAUAUUUGGUAGAAAUUACAACAUUGUUCUUUACCCCUAACCCAAUAGUUCCUGGACAAGCUAUAAUAGUUAACUUAACAGGAAUAGCACAAGUUCCGAUAGAACAAUAUGCAAAGAUAAAAGUUCAGCCAAUUGUUUUUGGUUUCCCGGUUUUCACUUAUGAAAACGAUUUUUGUAAAGAAGUAAAUGCAAAUGCAUGUCCGAUUCCAGUUGGUAGUUUCAAUUCUAUAUUUACGAUUCCUAACACUGUAACGAAAAAUCUUAAAAAUUCAAAGGAGUACCGAACGAGAAUUACUCUGAUUAAUCCAGACGUUACAUACGAUACAGACGAUACGGAGUUAUUUUGUUUAGAAGGUAUAAUUAAAAUUGCUGAUGAAUCUGCUGCACCGGAUCCGAAUCCGAUGAAAUAA